ACAGUUCAUCUCAAAGUUCAGAGCAGCAGCAGCCGGCAGUGUCUUCAACUUGAAACAGUUCAAUUUCAUUCGAUUGAAAAUGAAGGUUUGCAUCGCCCUUUUGGUCUUUUGUCUAGCGGUUGUCUCGCGGGCACAAUAUCAUGGAAAUUGGCCCUACUGGGGCAAUACUGCCUGGAACCAUCCGGCCUGGAACCCGUACUGGAAUGGAUACACCACCACACCUUACCUAGCACCCGUUGAUGCCCGUUUCGCCGCCCAGCCUUACGGUUGGAACUGGCCAAACGGUGCGUACAAUCGGUACUACGGCCAAAACGGGUAUUUUGGAUAUUACGGACAGAAUGGCGUCUACAACCCGACUGGUGCGUAUGGUCCCAACGGGAUGUACCACCCUGCGAAUGUGGCCAGAUCUCCGGUGAACCCGUGGGGAAUGCCGUGGGCCACUUACGGUGGGGCGUACAACAACUAUGUCCGCGAGCCGAGUGUCACCGGAACCAGGCACAUUGCUGCGACCCCAGGAUCGCUGCACAUUGUGGGUUGAGGGAAGGUCAUGAGUUGGAGAAUGUAAUAUUUUGCAGGCAUGAAUAAAAAUGAAGAAGUGUGC